AUGAAUUAUUUAACUUUAACAUUAAUAACUACUUUGUUAUUUACAACAAUCAAUGCACAAGAACAGACGUUCCCAAGUUGCUCUAUUGCACAGUUUACUUACGAUGACGCCCUAGGAUCUUCAGGACAAAGUUCAGUCAGUUUUAGUAGAUGUUACCUGGAUAACGGAACCUCUCUCGGUAAGACAAAAUGGGAAUAUUUAACUGACCUGAGUCUAGGUGCUGAUCUGGGUACAGUUAGUACCUCAAAACUUAACUUUGACAUUAUCACUGGAGGUGAUCCCAACACUGUUGUAAAUGGAGAAGUUUAUGGUAAAAAGGUGACAACUUCAAACUUCACUUUCGGUGCCAGUGCUUACUUGAUUGUGCCAAAAACUGGAUACUACACUUUUAAUAUCGCUGCCACAGAAGGUGCAUUAAUGAAUUUGGCUAAUCCAACUAAUGUAUGGUGCUGUGACGAUCCGGAUAAUUGGCCGGCAGGAAAACUAUAUUUCUACGUUGCAGACCUUCAAUCAGAACCAGAAAAUAACAAACCAGAAGAUUCCGUGUAUCUUUUAGCAGGUUUCAGGUAUACUUUUGCAGUAAUGUAUUUGAAUACAAAUGGUGCAGACGCUUCACUUCAACUAACAAUGACAGAUCCAGAUGGGAACACAUAUACAGAUAUUGACCAGUUCCUACACAAGGUUACAGGUAUCGAUGCUAAUUAUUGUUCUUAUAUCAAUGUCACCUCCACCACCACUGUCGAAUGGGAUAGUUCAUACACUCAAACUUCGUUACAAUACGCAACUUCUACAAACAGUGCUGGUUCAAAGGUUAUUGAGUCAUUAUAUAUUGUCCAGACUCCAGCUUUUACUUCAGCCAGUUCCUCAACUAUUGAAAGUUCCUCAACAAUUGAAAGUUCCUCAAGUAUUGAAAGUUCUUCCACUGUUGAAAGCUCUAGCACCAUUACUUCUGAACCAGUAGCAUCUACGGUUGUUUCAUCAGAAACCGAAUCUUCAAGCAUUGCUAGUUCUGAGGUUACAUCAUCCGAACAGGAAUCCUUAAGUUCUGGCACCUCUAUUUCACCAUCUUCUUCUAAGGAUGAGUUCUCAAUUACAAGCACAACUUCCACCUCAAGUUCAGAAUCUUCUACGGUGUCUUCCGAUUUAGUCUCUUCACUUGCAAGUGAAUCCUAUUCUCAUUCGUCAUCCCCAAGUUCGCAAUCUGCUACUACUACAUUAUCUGGCUCAGAUAUCUCCAGUGAAUCUUCGACUUCUAAUCUUGUGAGCGAGUCAUCCAUUCAGGUAUUAUCCUCGACAAGUCCAACUUCAACUGAUGAUUCCAUGUCAAACGUUGUUUCCUCGUCAUCAAAAGCUUCUGAAACAAUCGGUAUAUCCAGCAGUUACAUGAAUAGCAUACCCGCAACUUCCACUGACUCUGUUUCCGUAACAAAUGACAAUGUCCUACAAUCUACAGAAUAUGUCACAGAAACCACUGUUAUUAAGAAAACUGUAACUACUUUAUGUUCAACACCUACCUUGCUUCCAGGGGAACCAACAUCAUCUGUGAAAUAUUUUAUAUCUACUUACACAACUGAUAUAACUACUACUAUUGUCGUUACAAGCUGUCCAGAUAAUACGUACGAUACCACUAAAACUCCCUCAACAGAUAAAACAACACAGGUUACGGAGGAAUGUGGUGAAAAUUGUAAGAUAACUACCACUAUAGAAUUAUCAAAUAAUAAUGAAAUUGACACUUCUGUUUCUCCAAAGUCAACCAUCCAAAGUGAAGGGACUAUUUCAACAAAACCAACAGUGGCAAUUGUUUCAAGCGAACUGUCAUCAGGUUUAACUACAAAUCAUAGCGUAUUGGAAAAUCUAAACGUGGGAUCCAAUAUCAAAACUAGUAUCUUCACAUUCUUAACCACUUUCAUACUUUCACUGCUAUUGUGA